GGGGAGUUGUGGCUCCAUCCGUAAAAAUCAGGUUGUCAGCCGUGAAACCAACACGGAGCAAACCUUGACCGGCAGGACUUUUCUCCCUGAACUUGCUGGCGCUUGGGAAAGGGAUAGUCCGAGUCACAAGCAUAGCCUUGGAGUUAACGAGAUAGUUAAUCGUGCCUCUGGCCAUGUACAGAGUGUUCCUCUCGGGGCCAGGGCGGUCAGUUUCCAGAUGACUGGGCCAGGGCAAGGAUUUCCUGGGCGUAAGGUUGACCAAGGUGUGACAAAGCAAACACAACACUGCUAUAAGGAUGGUGCGGAUUUUGGCCAAUGGAGAUAUUGUACAAGAUGAUGACCCUCGAGUACAACAGACUACUCAGAGUAGGGAGAACUCAUCUCGCCUCGUGAGGAAUGGUGGCUUUUUCAACGCAAUGCCAGGCACGGGCCCUAACCCACCACGGCACUACCAGCAGCAGCAACAGCGCCAGGGUGUGAGGCCUGGGGAGCGUUCACCAUUUUCAGACAUCAAUCAGCAGCUGGUGAACAUGGGUUUCCCCACUUGGCACCUUGGCAACCAAGUGGUGGAGCCAGUGAUGUCCAUCUUGCUGCUCUUCCUGCUUAUGAUGGUGGGCGUGCGUGGCCUGCUUUUGGUGGGCCUCAUUUAUGUCGUGUCCCACUUAAGCCAGCGAUGACAUGGACUCCUGCACAGACUACCUGCUGCCUGAGGGAUUCAGAGCCAAAUAUUUUUGUCCAAUGUAUGAAUGUGGAUUAGAAAGAGUAUGUAUGUCUAUAUAUGUGUGUGUUUAAAACAAAUUCUCCUUGCUCAAGAACUUUUGUAAACAGUGUUUCUAAGAGACAGAAUUAAGCAGUUUGGAGUAUGA